CUGAGCAAAGUGAUUAUAAAGGAUCCGCAAAAAAAUGAUUAGGAUGGUUUCUUUCCCCGAAAAUUAAGAUCUUUGAAUGAUUCAGAAGGCUGAGUAACUAAAGAAUUACAGAAUCAAAGGCAACGAAGAAAGUUAAGCCUUUUACCUUCAAAACCAAGAAACUAACCCACUUUCUCCUCCACCCAUUAUUGUUAUAGUUAGAAGUCGUUUUUUUGUUCUUGUUUUUUCUCUUUUGUUUUCUUUUUUGGUGGAAAAUAAAAUGUCUGAUGAUAGAGACGGGGAUGUUGAUUCUGAAGUUUCACCGGACAAGGUUAAUGAUAUCCCAAGUAUUCGCACUGCGCCGUCCGAUGCCGAUCUUCAGGCUAGCAAGCCCAGCCCCGACACCCCCGAUUCGCCGGGAAAGUCACGUCUUUUCGGCCGCGAGAAACCCGUCCACGCCGCUCUCGGCGGUGGAAAAUCUGCCGAUAUUAUACUGUGGAGGAACAAGCAAAUUUCAGCAGGAGCUCUUACUUCUGCAACUGUUAUAUGGCUUCUGUUUGAAUGGAUAGAAUACCAUUUGCUUACAUUUGUUUGCCACUCUCUUAUACUUUUAUUGGCAAUGGUGUUUCUAUGGUCCAAUCUCUCAUCCUUUGUCAACAAGACUCCACUGGACUUCCCGGAGUUUGUAUUGCCGGAGGAAUUGUGCAGGCGAGCUGCACUGGCGGUGAGAGAUAAGUUUCAUUGGGCAGUUGGUAUUUUCCGGGAAGUGGCUUCCGGGAAGGAUUUGAAGAAGUUCCUCUAUGCAAUUUUGGGCUUGUGGAUUCUUUCUGCCAUUGGCAGCUGGUUCGACUUUCUCACCCUAAUAUACAUCAUAUUUGUUAUGGUGUUGACUGUACCUAUAUUCUACGAGAAGCAUGAAGAUCAAGUGGAUGCUUAUGCACACAAAGCAAAAAAGCAAAUAGAGAGACAGUACAGCCAAUUGGAUGAAAAAGUUCUUCAGAAACUACCCAAGGUUCAGUUCAGUAAAGACAGCAAGCAGCACUGAUCAAACUCAUCUUCACUUUGUUCCGGAACAAGCAGUCUAAUCCUAAAUUUGUUGGUGAAUAUACCAUUCUUCAUUUCAGAUUAUGCCUUAGUUUAGUUUUAAUUUGUUGUUAAGAGCUACUCAUUCAUUCAUCCCUUAAACCAGAAGGGAGAACAUGAAAUUCAGAAAAUUGGUUUUUCCAUAUAUGAACUAGUACAGGU